AUGGCGCAAUGUAUGAGAGUCCAGUUGGCAAUUUGCGCUAUAGUUCUGCAGCUUAUUGGAUUCAUAGGCGCAGUGGAAUAUGGUUUCAUUAAUAAUAUGAGUUCUUUGGGUGCCAAUCCCCUAGUUGUAUACCACAUAAACAUGGAUGAAAUUGGGAUAGCAACUCUGACAUGCCCACGCCAAGUCAACGGAACUGAGUACGUAUGGAAUCCCCAACCAACAGCUGAUCACGACGUCAGUCUCAAAACCUAUGUGAUUGAAGACGGUAAAUUUCACUUCGUCCCUUUUUCAAAGGUAGUGGUCACCGAAGCACCACGCCCAUAUGUUCGGAAAGUGUCAAAGGAGUCGCAAACAGACUUGCAUAUCGAUCUAAUGGAUGACGAUAUAUAUGCCAUUACUGAAGAACGUUUAGUAUUCAUAUGUGGUCCAAGGGAUUUGGUCUUGACAGAUGCUCUGCAAGGCCAACUUGCUCGCCUACCGGAGAUUUAUGAAACGGAUAUUUAUUCAUGGGAUUCAACCACGCCAUUGAUUGAAGAAAUAGCUAAGAUAGGAAUAAGCCUGGGUGUAAUAUUCUUGCACAGAGGCCUUAAUCAUCAAUUACUGCAAGGCUGUGGAAGUCGUCCCUCGAAACUCUUUGCUCGAGAUAAUGACGUGACUGUAGACCCUAUCACUGGCACACGUUCUUGUGUAGUAGAUCCAAUGUCGACAUUACGCACUGGGUUCGUUUGCAAAGGCAGAAUAGAACCGAACGAUUGCAUGAAAUACCUCCUGUACGAAGACAGAGUGGUAACUGCUCCUCGACCAUAUUCGUAUCGUUAUUUUAAUACCCAUAAGCCUUGGGUGGUAGCUAGAUAUUUUAAUGACGUAGCAUUACCCCGUUUCAACGGCGAAUGUCGAUGCAUAGAUCCUAAGACUGGUCACGUGAAAGCAAGGAUGGAGAUUCGUUGGAAAACUGAAUACGUUUGUGACAUAGCUAGCAUGAUUGUUCGUAACAGGUUGAAGCCUAUUAGUGGGCCGUGGUGUUCAGUAAUGCUACAUCCGGGUGCUACGUUGACCAUUAAGUUGCCAAAACAGACAGACAAGUCGGCUGCUACCGGCGAAGAAUACGAAGAAGACGUUGACGAUAUUGACUAUGAUCCUUCGACAGUUCCAUUUUCGCAACUUCCAUCUACCCACGCAUACGAAAGUGAAUUCAAGCCGGACACGGAGUUGACGCUACGCCAAAUACAAACGAUUUAUGACAUCAAUGAUUACGACGAAAUCGUGACCAACAAAGCGUUCACUGGCGACGUGCUCGAGGUAGAUAUUUCACAAAUGGAGAGAGGAGAGGUUAAGCUGAAGUACCAUACGGGCAGACCUCUUGCAUUACGAAGUGGAUACAAUUCGUUCUUAUAUCAUUGGACAUUCAUAUCUAGGAACGAAUACGUUCUAGAAAAGAUACGCGCUGUGGUGAACGUCUCAUUUGCGCCUACUUAUCGCUACAAUAUUAUUGGUUGUGACCGAUGGAGGCCAGGUAUGUUUGAUCCGGCAAAUGACGUUGGCUCUCUUACAAUUAGAAACAUGCGGAAUGGUAUAGGGAAAAUAGCUGAAUGGCUGUUAGAUGUCAUGAGUGGCGAGGAACAAGCGGGUAUUCAAUGCCAACCCAAUGAGGAGCUGUUUCCAAACAAUUGUGAGUCCACAGGAUACGAUCUUUCCUCCAAUCAGGUUGCGCCAUUCCCUACAUCUGUGCGCAAUGUCACACUUUACCCCGUUCGAGGAUUUCAGGUAUUCGAGAUGAGCUUCCAAAAUGUGCCUGUCAGUCACGCUUGCAGUUGUGUCGAUGAACAUGGAUACGAGACAUCUAGGCUAAUUUUGAGAUCCAACCGUCGUGAGGAGUAUGAGUAUACAGUAAGUCGUGAAGAGGCAAAUCAAAGGUUGCUGCCCUACUCAUUACUGCCCUGGACCGAGGUGGCUUUCUUACACGGCGAUCGCACUCCUAUGCAAUCAAUUAAGCUACACAACACACCCCAUAGACCUAUGAAACUACAUUCGGGCACAGUAUUAUCCAUGCGGUGUGUUAUGUACCACGCAUUGUACAACGGUGAGAAUAACGCUGCCGCAAUGCCUACCUGGUUACCAGAUUAUCCUGGAUUUAACCAUUACAAAAUAUAUACUACCGCAGAAGGAGAUAGGUUAAUUAAAAGGCCACACGACGAGAGUAUAGCUGGCACAAGACGUGGAUUCCAAGUCACGCUGUCAGAAUACACAGAAGAAUAUAGUGAUUUGCUAAUCAAAUCCAACAGUGGCUCAAUUUUGGUAUCCAGGGAUCCAGAUCACUCGGAAUACGUGCCCAUGACAUUCGUUUGUGGUAAGGAGAUUUCAGAAUCAGAUUUUGAUCAAAGCAACGAUAACGCAGCUGCAGCUGCCAUUCCCCCACCUGUAGCACUAUUAGAGGAAUACACGUGGAACGUAGUUCAAAUUGACGUAGAGAUGACGGACCCAUACAUGCAAGGGUGCGGAAUUACUGACUCAAGAGAUACUCUAUUCAAGCCCGAGACACCCAAACUCUACAGCUCCAUCAUACGACACCCUCGCGGCUGCAAGAUCGACAUUCAGACUGCGGGUGAGGCGGCGUUCUACUGCCCAGCACCGUACGUCCUGGACCCACCCAACUGCUUCGACCAGGUCUCCGUGAACGGUGAAGUGAAGAACCUCAGCGACAUCAGCCAGUCUUUGGUGGCUUCUCGAACUAAGCACUUCGUUACCUUGCGGUUCGACAGUGAACUCAUUGGACCCGGGGAAAAGCUGCGCCAGACCCCGCCACUUGAAUGCCGCUGCGUCACCGUCAAAGGCAUCGUCCUCUCCACCAUCCAGAUUGGGAACUACUACAACAAGUAA